AUGGGUAUGACAAUUGAUCAUCCACCCAAAACAGAGGAAUUAUAUAGAUUAAAACACUCAUUUGAUGAAACCAAUCCAAUAACAUCAAUACGAAUAUCUCCAGAUAAUCAAUACGUAGCACUUGCUACAUUAAAUAAGAUCAAAGUUUAUGACUUUAACACCUACAAACUAAUAACAGAAUUAACUGGACAUUCCAAGGGAAUAUCAGAUAUUAAAUUUUCACCUAUAAACUCAAAUAUAAUAGCAUCAUGUUCAGAUGAUUUGACUAUACGAAUUUGGCUGUUUCAAACAAGAAAUUCAUCAUCUUCAACCUCUCAAUGUUUAAAAAUUUUUAGAAAACACACUUAUCAUAUAACAACCAUACAAUUUAAUAACAAAGGAAAUUUACUAAUUAGUGGAUCAGCUGAUGAAACAAUUACGAUUUGGGAUAUAAUAUCAGGGAAGAUUUUGACAACUUUGGCUGCACAUUCAGAUCCUAUAUCAAGUCUAGUUUUAACUCCAGAUAAUUCGAUUAUAAUCAGUGCAUCCUAUGAUGGAUUAAUAAGAUUAUUUGAUUUAGAAAGUUUCCAAUGUUUGAAAACACUUACUACGUCUACAUCUCACGGAACAGCAACUAGUUCAUUAUCUACUAAAGAUUUACAAAAUUUUCCCGUAGCUAAUGUUAGCAUAUCACCUAAUGGGAAGUACAUUUUGAGUACUAAUUUAGAUGGAAAAAUCAGGUUGUGGAAUUAUAUGGAUAACAAGGUUGUUAAAACUUUUGUUGGAGUUGAUGGUAAACCAAUUUGUGAGAAAUAUAAUUGUGAACUGAGGUUUAUCAUAAGUAAUGACGGUAAGAAUUUGAUUGUUAGUGGUAGUGAUAAAGAUGGAAUUAUAUGCUGGGAUAUUAAGCUGAAAUCCAUAGUUUGGAAUUAUCAAGAUAAUGAUGCUAUAUUGAGUAUUGAUUCAAUCAAUAACGGUCAAUAUUUAGUAUCAGGUGGAUUAAAUGGAGUAGUCAACAUAUUCGAAUUAAAUUAA